AUGCUGAUUGGCUGGCGUAGAGUAGCUGUCAUUGUAAGCCAAUCAGAGGCAGCAAAUCAGACACGCACACAACCAGCUCCGAUGAGGUAAGCGGCGGCAAUGGCGAAAGGGGGAAGUUGACGUUUUCAAAACGGAAGUACAGGAACUACUUCAGUCUCGUUAAGGGAAAACAAGAAUGUACACGGCCCCUGAGAGGAAAUAAAUCCAGAUCUUUAUCUGAACAGUAAAUAUCCUGGGAUUAAGGCUGUUGAAGGGUGGUGUUGGGUUGUCUGUGCCCAAAUCCAAGGCUGAUUUACUGUACGUGAGGAAGAGCUAGUGACAAGUCACCCCCUCCCGAUCCCCCCCAAGAGGCCCCUUCCCGUCCCUGAGGUGCUGGAAGAAGACGGUUCAAAGACAGACUCAUACGACGUUUGAGAACAACAGUACGUCGUGCAGUCUAACACGUGGAUCAGGACGAUGAGAAAAGCCUUCAUCGCGCUCCGCUGAAGUCAGGAGUGAGAUUUCAAGCGAGGCAGGAACAAAACUGCGUCCAGUACCCGUUAAUCCUCCACCUGCUCACGGUAGUUACGGCUCUGACAUGUUUUUUCAUCCCACUUUUCUGCAGACUCUCCAGACAUGACCAAGACCAUUAAAACUGUCUCAGACUGAAGGCCUUAAUCCUGCAUUUCAGUCACGUUUACAACAAAAACAGCGUUUGACAGAAGGGGGAUGGAAAAAUAUUUUGUCUUUGUGUUGGGUCUCCUUUCUUUUUUUUUUUUGUUUCAGACGCCGAUACAGCCAGUGUGAAACUGUCGAAGUGUGAAGGAAAGGUGAGUGUGCCGUUCUCACGCACACUCACAAUCAACCUCAACCAGACUGAAACUAAGGAGAUUGGGACAAUCAUAGUUUGGAGGAUGCUGUCAGAUCUUCUUAUAACCCCACUCUUCAUGCAUCACCUCCACUCCUCCCCUCCUCCACCACCUUCAUCCUCUUCUGUCUUCUGCUCCUCCUUUUAUGGCUUCAGCCCCUCCCCCCGUUUUCCCUCUUCCACCUGACUGGCCAAUAGGAGCGGACGUCCUCGUCCGGUUGGGGAGAGUGAAGGGGGGGAGGAAGGCAGAUGACCGCUUGGACAGCACCAUCACACAGUCAGAGCAGACAGUAAGGGAAACGCACCAGAGACUCCUGAAUGAAAGAUCUCAGUCUGUUUGUUCUUCUCUGGUUUUCUUCAUCCGUGCAGGUGUGAAAACCACUGUUAACCUGAGACCAGAAGGAGCCAAAAAAAGAUGACACAUCAAGACCUCCCAAUCUGAACAUUUAUCUGAAGCUGACACACAAACCAACAAACUCUAUUCAAGGACACACAGUCCCAUCUAGUCAGCCAUGCCUGUGCGAGGACAGAGGAGGUUCUCGGUCAUGGAGGAGUUCCUGGGGAUGGAGGAAGAGCAGGUGGACACAGCCAGGAGCAGAGCUGGGAGCUGUGUGGAGUUCUACUCUCUCAAAAAGAUGAAGACCCUGGCCCACAGACGACAGUCGGCUCCAUCGCUGGUCAUCAGCAAAGCACUUACCAGAUCCAGAAGCACAUCCAGGGAAAGCUGCCUGACGCCAGUCAGCCCGGAGUCCUGUCCCCUGGUCCAAAGUUUCCUGGCCGAGUGUCCAGGCCGCCUGUUCCUGGGCCACGCCCAGGCGCAGCUGAAGACGGGCCUGCAGACGCAGGAGAGACACCUCUUCAUUUUCUCGGACACGCUGCUCGUCGCCAAGGCCAAGUCACCGACUCACUUUAAAGGAAAGGCCCAGGUUCGAGUUUGUGAGAUGUGGAUGGCAAACUGUCUGGACGAGGUCUGCGAAGGAACCAACAACCCCGAGAGGAGCUUCGUCAUAGGCUGGCCCACCUGCAACUGUGUCGCCACCUUCAGCUCCAAGGAGAUUAAGGAGAAAUGGCUAACGCUCAUCAAAAGUCGUUUAGCUGAGGGAAAAGAGAGAGACGAACCCAAGACAAUUCCCCUCAAGAUAUUUGCCAAGGAUAUUGGGAACUGUGCAUACGCCAAGACGCUGGCGGUGAACAACAUGGACACCACCACUGAUGUCAUUCGCAUGGCUCUGCUGCAGUUUGGCAUUUCAGGCUGUGUUAAAGACCAUCGCUUGUGGGUGAGCUCCAGUAAGGAUGACCCGCCAUAUCCUUUAAUAGGCCACGAGUUUCCCUUCAGCAUCAAGAUGAGUCACAUUCGGGACGGCGGUAACGGCGGUGGAGGCCAAGGAGGAGUUGGGUUAGACCCACAGAGUCCCAUGGACUGCCCAGAGGUUCUGCUGCUAGACCAGUGUCUGCCGCCCGACACCCAGUGCCAGUUCAUCCUCAAACCCAACAAAGUAGUUCCAGGGAUGGCUCAACUCUUCGAACAUGGUCAGCAGAAGACCUUCAAGAGAAAGAGGUCUCUGAUUAACUGGCCCUUCUGGAGAGGCUCCAGCUCACAGCUGGACGGCCUGCCUCUGUCCCCGACGACGCUGUCCCACACCCAGGGACAACUCUUCGGCCGUCCGCUGAGCUUCCUCUGCUCUGCGGAGCACGGCCUGCCCAAACCUAUCAUGGACAUGUUGGUCUUCCUGUAUCUGGAGGGUCCGUACACCAAGGGCGUCUUCAGGCGGUCGGCCGGGGCUAAAGCCUGCAGGGAGCUCAGAGACCGACUGGACAGUGGGGCCGAGGAUCCCGAGAUCUCACACCAGUCUGUGUUCAUCAUUGCUGCUGUCCUCAAGGACUUUAUGAGGAACAUCCCAGGAAACCUGUUGUGUGUGAAUUUGUACGAGCAGUGGAUGGAAGUAAUGGAGGCGGAGGAAGUGGAGGAGAGGACGCAGGGUGUCCAGAGGUUACUGAACCUGCUGCCCAGUGAGAACCUCCUCCUCCUGCGUCACGUCAUCGCCAUCCUGCACCGCAUCCAGGGCAACGCCCACGACAACCAGAUGAACGCCUUCAAUCUGUCCGUUUGCAUUGCUCCCAGCAUGCUUUGGGCUCCAGCACCCAGCAGCCCCGAGAUGGAGGGAGAGGGGAUGAAAACGGUAUGCGAGUUGGUUCGCUUCCUCAUCGAGAACUGCAGCAGUGUCCUGGGAGAAGACGUUACCAUGCUGUUCAGGAACUAUAACCAGAAGAGCUGCAGCAGUGACCAUGGAUCAGACGCGGCGUCCUUCCAGAUGAACGACUCCUCCUACGACAGUCUGGAGAACGAGCUCAACGACGAGCCAGAGUCUCCCUACCAGGAGCAGCUGCCGCUACGGGACAAGGACAAGCCCGACAGCUGCAGCCGCGACUCCGUCAUCACCCUCAGCGACUGCGACCCCGAUCUCGACCAGGAAGCCGACCUGCAGCUCCCCCCGCUGGCCAGACCCAGGAGGUUCAGCCCGGCGGUCCGGCAGCACCGCAGCCGUCAGGUCAACGGAACUUCGCUGGGUUCGAGGAGGCUGAGGAGAAGCUCAGAGCCGGCUUUGACCCUGGCAAAUACGACGCCACCGUCAGGCCCUUUUGUGGUUCAUGCUAGCAACCACUGCCCCCCACUGAGGAAGGCGAGCUACGAUGCUGCCAUUGAUGGGGAGAGGGAGGAGGGAGAGGAUGAGGUGUUUCUGGAGCAGGCGCUGAAUGGGCUUCAGCUCAAAGAGGAGCUGGUCGACACUUGUGAGAAAGCAGGUGCCAAAGUCCAGAACGGCGGGCGGAGAAAGUCGAAGCAUGCGCCUCCACCUCCAUUAAGGCUGGACGCCAGCUGCUCCAGUCUGUCCUCACCGGCAACCUCCCCCACAGGCUCCUCCCUCAGCUCCUUAGACUCCGCCUUCUCUCAGUAUUCCACUGACUACGCCAGCAACGCAGUGAUUUCAUUGGCCGAGCCUCCUCCUCCACCUCCUCCUCUAUCCCCACUUCUUCCCGGUCGACCCCAGCAGGACGCUACGCCCCAACAUCCACCGCCUUCUCGCUCCGUCCAGAACAACUCCAUGCCUCAACCCAGCACCUGGUUGAAGAAGGGCUGCCGUCGGUCACUGAAGCAGCGCGAGAACGGGCACGCGGAAGACAAUUCGCCCGCAGUGAAUGGGAAACCAAUCGCAAACUGUAACGGUUGCGCCGCCGUUGCACCGGAAGCAGCACCUGCAACGCCUCAAAGCGGCCAGAGGAGACUCAGCAGCCCUCCUUCCUACCAGCAGGCUUUGCUGCAGCUGCAGCGUAUCCGUUCACCUUUCUACAGGGGAUCUGAAAACCCCCUGACGGUCCGAGAGCUGAGGCAGCUCCACCACCACACCUGCACCUCCAGACCCCCGAUCCCCAACUCUGCCGAUGAUGCCAAAACCCCGACAGGGAGCGAGGUCACUCAGAGACUUACCGGAAUUGAGUGCGUGCAGCCCCCACAGGGUGUCUUCUACGGCCAAGGUGCCACCGCUCUGGUCCUCCAGAGGCAAAAGUCCAACUCUUUGUCUCCGACUCUGGACGGAUACAGAGUAAAGACACUUCCUCUCCCGCGUCGAGCAUCCGAACCCGCAAAAGUCCCAACGAACCCUUCUUAUACCCUUUCCUUGAACAGAUCUCGAAUUGUCAAGGGUCAGACCCAAGAGGGCGGACUGAGAGUGUCGGACGUGGAGCCGAACCACCAGGAGGCGCAUUACUGCCUGUCUCCUUCCGCCACUCGGGCCGUUCGGGACUACUUUUCCUCACAGGAUCGUAAGGAUUCAGAUGCGUGUUUGCGGCGAAGUCAGGAGGUGGCGUUGGCGAUCGUGCAGGGUAAAAGGGAGUGGCAGAGCAAACGCUGCAGCGACCCGCGAAUGGACGAUUUCGAAAAGCUGUUUUUUGCCGAAGAGUCGUACGUGUAGAUAUUUGUGCGUGUGCGCGUGAGAGUCCUCCAAAAAAAAAAAAAAAAAAUCUUAGGUUAUUCCAGGUAAUGGUACACCUGGUCACCUGGUCCUCCCCUUGUCCUCCGUUACCAUAAACCAAUAGUUCCCAGAGUUAGGAAUAUUUUUGUGGCUUUGUGCUAUGUUUGAAGUUCAAAUAUUUUUCUUGUUUUACUUGCAGUACAGUAAUGAAUUGGUGGGCCACAUCAUCUGUGGGUUAUCGGGUUUACAUCAAAAGUCUACAAUGUGGGCCACUCACCGUUAAAAUUUGGAUUGGAAUGUGGCCCACAGUCAAGAUACCUCACGUAGGCUGGUAAAAUUGUUGCUUUAUGCCAUACUGUAUGUGGCACUGAAUAAUAUAAUACUCGGGGUGCCCAAAUUGUAAAGCUGGGGUGUCAAACUAAUUUUGGUUCAGGGCCCACAUACAGCCUGAUUAGAUGUCAAGUGGGCCGGACCAGUACAAUCAUCACAUAAUUACCAAUAAAUAACAAUAUAGGUGUCUUUCCCCUUUGUUUUCAUGCAAAUAAGUACAAGUAUAUUAGAAAAUACUUUGACAAAACAUCAUGAACAUGAAGCGUUCAAAAUUCUUCAAGUGGGCCGCAUUGAACCCCGGAGUGGACCGUUUCUGGCCCGCGGGCUGUAUGUUUGACACCCCUGUUGUAAAGGGAGCGCAUGAGAUCAUGAGCAAAGAAAAGAAAAUUUAAAAAUACAUAUUAAAUUAUUAAAUAAAAACAUAUUAGGCCUGUAAAAAAUUGUGUUCACCAUAAAUGAGUACAAAUAUAUUUAACGUUUUGAAUGUGGGUAAAUCACUUUAACCUGGUUAUUUGAAUUAUGGCUCCCAAGCCAGAAUAGUGUGGGCGCCCCUGCUCUAGAAUAUGUGGCUACACCAACAGCCGUUCACUGCAGUGAUUCAAACGUGUUUCAUUCGAAUAUGAAUUAUGGAUUUUUUUAGUCAGAUUUCUAGCCAGCGGGUAACAUAGCAACCAAACUUCAACCAAAGCUUUUCGCUUCACUUUCUGGAAUCUAAAUAGAGUCUAAUGCGUUCCAGAUUGCCGCCAUGUAGAGUUCACGCAAAGUCUACAUGUACAUGAGAGCCUGGUGAAUUACUGUGUGUGGCCCCCUCCAGGCCGAAACAAGAAAAAAAAAAAAAACAUUUCUGAACACUGGGUUUAGUUGUUGUUUUAACUCAAAUCUAUUUCUUUUGUAAAUCCAUGUGUCCCACUGCUCAGACUUGUUUCUUCAAAGAUAUAAUAAAUCUCAUUGUAUAGACGUUGCAUCUUCAUGUUUUGUGGACCGUUGCUCUUGCAGUGACGUCCAUACCGUCCGCAGGACUCAGUGAAGCAGUCAGGUCUGUAUUUAUUUGGGAGUUUCCACAGGGGCUCAGUGUUGUCCUUGUGGAGCUCUGCUUUAUGUCUCCGUCACCUGGAAGGGAGGCAGGGAGGGGGGAGGAGGACCAGGAGGGAGGACAAACUGUCAGUGUGUGUUAGUGAGCCGAUCAGUGUGACAUGAUCAUUGUCAGUCCGACGAGAGUGUGAGAGGAAAACAUUAUAGUAUGGGUUCAUUUUUUCUUGUAUUUAAAGCACUUCAACAGUCUCUCAUUUAAGUACACAGUAUGUUAGGUGUGUGUGUGAGUGUGUGUGUGUGUGUGUGCCGUCGUAAGUGCAUAAACAAUGUUUCAACGUUUAACUCACAUCAUUAGAAAUGUGAUGUCUCCUAAUGUGACACUUGUACGGCCUUAUUCUACUGUGACUUCACGGACAGAAACGCCAGGGAACGAAACUUUCCUAAAUUCUUUUUCUGUAAAAUAAAGUCACCUUAUGGUAAUUCUAAGAAAUAACUAAAGUUUCUCCUUCAGACCACAGUUAACUUGUUUCUUAUUUUUCCACUAAUCUUAAACAUUUAGAUAUGUUGUUCUACUGUCUAGGUAGCGUAGCGUAUGGCUUAUUUUAGCUUUUAAGUGUUGUAGCUAACUUUUAGCUUUUCAUUUAUUCCUAAAUGUGGUCUAAUCUAGUUGUCUUUUGUUGUCAUCGAUUUAUGUUGAGCUAAAUUUUUAGCACUUUAAAAUUUCUAUUUAUAUGUCUAUCUCCAUUAGCUACAUUUACUGACGGUUUGGCUAUUUCUUGUUUCCUUUAGCUAACUUAUAUCUACUCUGUAUUUAUACAUACAGAAUACCAGACUGCUAAAAAAUAGCACUCCCAACUGUUUCGACUAAACGCCGUCAGUCUUUCAGCCAAAUACAAAGUGUUUUAGCUACAAGCUACCUCUGCUAAUUUCUAACCCUGGUGUUUACAGUAAAUACACAGCUGUAGAUACUAAGAUAUAAUGUCACAGUGUUAUUCGAUAAAUGAAGCGCGGUGAAAUAAGGCCGUACGAGUUUGUACGAGAAGUGCUGCCAUGUAAAAAGGCUCAGAAAUGGACAUUGUCCUGUUUUUAUUCCUACGUUACUCCCUUCCUCUUUUACAGUGAAUUGUGUCAAACAUGUAACAAAGCCUCAGCGUAUUUAUGGUAAAGAAAAAGCAUACGUUUUUAGAUAUGGUUCAUAUGUAUGAAUGUAUGCUUUGAAUAAAGAUAUAUAGAAGUAUAUAAGUAAAUAUAUGUCCUUUGGUAUGUUUUGUGAAGAACUAAAAUAUCACGUGUACCUUUGUACAAAUGCCAAUUCUGCUGCUGCUGUCGCUAUAGAAAGUAUAUUUGCUACAUAAAGCACCAUGUAUAUAUUCUGUUCACCUGAUGUCCGGCGUUUGCCAGAACAAAAUUGUCAUGGAUUUGAAUAAAUGUUGCUCUAAAGGA